AUGUCUUGGGACUCCUUCCACAUCGUAUUCAUCCGGUGUUGCGGUGUUGCUGCCCUGCUCACAAAUACUCUGAUGUUUUAUCUCAUCUGCUACAAAUCUCCACAAAAUCUGGGAGUCUAUAAGUACCUGAUGCUUUAUUUCGCUGUUUUUGAGGGACUCUAUGCAAUAUUGGACAUGAUUAUCUUACUUGAUUCCUAUACUUUGAAAUCUACAUUUCUUACAGUUAUAUCAUCUGAAAAAAGUCAUAUUCCGGAAGUGUUCCUGCCAGUCUUUAACGUUUUGUACUGGUCUUCAUAUGGAAUGUCAAUUGCUCUUAUCGAUGUUCAUUUUGUGUUUCGAUACUUGGUGGUUAGUGGAGAAGUGUUAUUCAAUGGGUCUCAAGUAGAUACCAAUGGAGUUGAUAUAAUGGGAUUCUAUAUUUAUCCAAGGGACAUCAAUGGGAAACAGCAAAUCAACUGGAUGAAUGUGGCCGGAGUGGUUGAGAAUACGGUGGAAAUAGUUAGUUCACUCUAUUGCGCAUCAAUCAUUAACGGAGCGUUAGAUUGA